AUGCCGUCAGAGCGAAAUCCUGUGCCGGUGCCGGGAGCAGCUGAUCCAUCCUCCACAUCGCGGAACCGGAAGUUUAAGGCCAAAGUGCCGACGACACCACCGCCCGGAGGGCGUCUGCGUGCACUAGGUGGCAACUUGCAGUGUCCUGACGCCCGCAUGCAGUUCAAGGAGCGGAUGUUGCCAGCUGAGCCAACGGAAAGACGCAGUUGGCGCAAGGAGUAUGCUUGUGGCCUUCGAUCGCCGCGAGCCCGCUACAGCGCAACCAAGGACUGGGAGAAGAAGCCUCAGGAAAUGAUUCUUCGGGCUCCCAUUGUACUGGGCGAGAUCGGGCACGGACGUUCCAAUUCAGUUGCGAGGUGA